AUGAUUUUCGAACCCGCCGAACGGGUUCUUCUUCCAACUAAGGACUUACUCUCUUUCAUCUUCGACGAUCCGCCUUACGACCAAGAUAAACCGAUUUAUAUCGAUGUUAAGAACCCAAAACGGCAGAUUUCAUGUAACCAGGCCCGCAAGCUGAUUCGUCAAUUAAUUGCUGGUUUGCGAGCAGCGGGUCUCCAAAAGGGCGACUGUGUUCUAAUUCACUCUUUUAAUGAUGUGCGGCUACACAACCAUGACGCCACCAUACUUGUUCUCGCCAUCAUUGGCGCAGGUGGUGUAUUCACGGGAUCUAAUCCGUCUUAUACACCAAACGAGCUCGCACAUCAUAUCAGAGCUGCUGAAAGCAAGUUUUUGGUCUCGGAACCAGAAAUAUUGGAGUCUCUCGUUCUUGCAGCAAAACAAACAGACAUCACCAAGGAGAACAUCUGGAUCUUCGACAACCUAUGCCAACCCAUCCCCCAAGGAAUGAAAUCAUGGAGGGACAUGAUGAAGCAUGGCGAAGAAGACUGGGUACGGUUUGACAGCCUUGAAGCAGCACAUACCACCACUGCGGCGAGACUAUUUAGUAGUGGAACAACAGGCCUUCCGAAGGCUGUCACUAUCACGCACUUCAAUCUCAUCGCCCAGCAUGAACUUGUGCUGGGUCACCAGCCCCGUCCGUAUGAUGUAUCUCGAGUAAUUGCCGUUCCUGUCUUCCACGCGUCAGCUGCUCCCGUGGCUCACAUCUCUACCUUGAAAGGAGGCUACACAGCUUAUAUGAUGCGAAGAUUUGCCUUGGAAGAGUUCUUGGAUACCGUUGAAACAUACAGCAUCACAGAUCUAGCAAUGGUUCCACCUAUCGUGAUUGCAAUCCUGAUGUCCCCGAUCUCUCAGGGUAAACUGUUUUUGAAAAAAGUUCGACUCGCGGCCUGCGGUGCAGCCCCAUUGGACAAGGACGUCCAGGCUCGAUUCCGGGCCAUGAUGGGUGCGAGUAGCCCAUUCACACAAGUCUGGGGCAUGACGGAGACCUCAUGUAUAGCAACGCACUUUCCUUAUCCUGAACAUGAUGACACUGGCUCAGUUGGACGAUUAAUUCCAAAUUUAGAAGCGAAGCUUAUUGAUGAAUUGGGCAACAAUAUUUCUGCCUUCGGGGUGCGCGGAGAAUUAUGCGUUCGGGGCCCGACCGUGACGCCCGGUUAUUAUAAAAACUCGGAGGCCAAUGCAGAAUCGUUCGACGCGGAUGGUUGGUUCAAGACAGGCGACAUCGGAUACUGCGAUGAAUCGAGCCGUAAAUGGUACAUCGUGGACCGAAGAAAAGAACUUAUCAAAGUUCGAGGCUUUCAAGUGGCUCCACCUGAACUUGAAGCGGUCCUUCUAUCACACCCUCAGAUUAUUGAUGCGGCUGUAAUUGGGAUUACUGUUCCCGGAGCGGACACUGAAUAUCCUCGUGCCUACGUUGUUCGACGGCCGGGUGAAGAGGGCAAGAUUCUCGUGGAGUCAGAUGUACAGAAAUGGGGGUUGGAGCGUUUAUCUCGAUACAAAGCGUUGACUGGGGGUGUCAAAUUUGUUGGUUCAAUUCCUAGGAAUCCAAGUGGGAAGAUUUUGAAAAGGGUACUCAGGGAAGACGCAAAGAAAGAGGUUGCCAAUGGGACUCUUCGGCCUCAUCUCUGA